AUGUAUGGUGCAGUUGGGUUUGGAUGUGGCAUUGUAGGUCAAGGCAUUGCUAAUCUCAUUAUGACUGCUAAACGGAGCAUAAAUAAAUCAGAAGAAGACAUCCCAGUACCACCUCUCAUCAAGAGUGCAGCUCUCUGGGGUGUGUUCUUGAGUGUUUCUUCUAAUACUCGUUAUCAGAUCAUCAAUGGUCUAGAGAGAGUUGUGGAAGCAUCACCUUUCGCCAAGAAUGUGCCUCCUGUGGCUUUGGCCUUUACCGUUGGUGUAAGGUUUGCUAAUAACAUCUACGGUGGGAUGCAGUUUGUGGAUUGGGCGAGAUUGAGCGGUUGUCAGUGA